AUGGUUAAAUUUGGCCGUGUUCUCGUUGGCGCUUUGGCUUUACUCCCAUUGGCGGCGGCGAAGAUGCACUCGACGUCCGCGCGGAAGCACUCGUCGGGGAGAUAUUCUGCGGGCAGAUCGCUGCAGGUGCCCGGUCCUCGAGCCUUGGGCCGCACAAACCGCGAAUCCCGCAACAAUGGGCCGCUAUUCGUCCCGAACUUUGGACUGGGGGCGAAUCCCUUCGCAGUAUUCCCUACAGAGGACGUAUAUGAGGAGCGUCGCGAACCUUGGGAGUCUAGGCCCGUUAUGGAACUUGAAUUUGUUAAUACAGAUGAACUCCCCGCCUCUGUACGCCAAUCCGCCUUUGGGCAGUCAGGCCGGGUUCAGGGGCGACCCCACGUAUUUGGAAGGCCCAACCGACAACUCGCGAGCCAACCUCCAGAGUACCUGGGAGGCACUGCCAACGUCACCGAGUCACCGUCCGCGGGGCCUUCUUCAACUUCAGCACUGCAUCCCAUCGCAUCGUAUUCGCUCCCAUCGCCUACCUUGGAUACCGAUUCGGGUCAGGACAUUAUUAUGGACGAGCACACGCAGUCUAGUGUUCAUGCGGUUCACGAAGUGGAGGCCCCCGCAACACUCGAUCCUAUCGAGGAUCCGGCGGUCGCAACCGAGCAACUCCCUCAAGUACCCACGACCCCUUCGCAUAGCGCUAUCCAGGAUAUCGUGGAUGUCACUGCUACUCCGGGCUCCGAUUGUGCCGUUAGGGCCUCCAGCUCGUCACCCGCGUCAACGCAUAGCCCUACUUCGCCCAAUCUGGAUGUCAACCUCAAUGUGCAGGCGCUUACGUCACCCGACUUCGCUCUCGAGGUCGUCGAUAAAGGCCAUUACAUUGCAACGGAUCGGGAAACUCCCGCGUCGUUGCCCGCUGAGCCAAUGUACCAGCAGCUCCUGUCUCAAUCUUCUCUUCGAUGGACAUACACAACAACGUUCCUUGGGAUCCCGUCGUCUCCAUCUCCUGCGCAUCACACCUUUGGCCGUGGACAAGCGUCUGGUGUCUUGCCCAUAACCUCCUUCCUGGGAACACUUGCCGGAGCAGUUUCUCUCUUGCGGGCAACUCCCUUGUUCCUUCGGCCCUCGCAGAAUAAGGCGCUACGCACGUACAAGACCAUAGGAGCGGAAGACCUUCUAGUCUCCUUACGGAACGCGAGAGGUCUAGAACAACUUCACGUCCAGGACCUCGCACCCAUCCGCGACGAUGACAUUGCGACCUCGAGCUCGACGGCCGUGAGCAUUCCGACACUCCAAAACGUCAUCGUCACUUCGUCGUCGUUGCCGUCCUUGCACCUGCUCCUCGAUCGUCUGCAGGCGUCCAGCUCUGCAACGUAUACCUUCGAACUGCGACUCGUCCCCGAUAUCGACAUCGAUCUUCUCUGUCAGGUUCAAAGCCUGCUGUGCGCGCGUCUGGCUACAUCGAACAACAUCAACUGUUUAAGUUUCUUCCUUGCGCGGUCGACCACGACGCUCAAGAUGACGUUGAUGGCUUUCUCGGGACAGACGAACAGCCAACCCAAACUCGUGAUCAAGUGGCGCUGGACAUCCCGCAAUCUCUCUCACAAGGUCAUCAUGAAAGACGUCGUCAAGCAUCUCGCAGACGGCAAUCACAUCAUUACCGAGAUGGCGAUCGACACAUCUAAGUUCCCUCCUGACCCCAGCGACGCGUCAGGGGAAUGGCCCGACUUCGGUCUCAGGUCUGCGCUCCGAGCGUUGCCGCAACUCGUGACCCUGGAUGUGUGUGGGUUCGCGAUGCCCAUCAUGGCCGUACUCGCUAUGCCGAAAGAAACGUCCCUCGGCGAUGACCCGUGUCCGGGGCUGCAAAACCUCAUUUUGACCGACAGAGUAUCUCGUGUCAAUAACCCCGGUCAACGCGACCUCUUGCAAUAUCUUUAUUGUUUUCUUCGCUUCGCGCGCAAGAAAUUGCAGGUCGUUUUCGUCGGGCGCGAGCUAGUCGACCCGAACUUUCAGGUUCAUAGGCUCAUGAAGCCUGUGGAGUACACGUCUAUCUACAAGCGAAUCCCUCGGAACAUGGCGCCGACGGUACUCAAGCGUCCUCUUUACCAAGCCGCCGACGAAGAGUCGGAAUGGUUGGAGGAUGAAGACGAGGAGAAGCCCGAGGUCGAUGUCCCGCCCACGAAGCGGGCGAAGAUGGGCUGA